GAUUUUUCUGCAAUCAGCUCUUUCCCCUCUAAAGGAUGUCUGAAACAGGAUCCAGCGCUCACAGGGCCAGUUAGAAGUCUCAUUUGGUGGAGUUGGAGGGCAACAAGGAUUUCUCUGUUGGAUUCCCUUGAAGUGGACCACUUACGUUGGAAACAUGAACGUGCUGACCCCAAUGGUACCCUACAGCCUGUUCCUCCUAGCCCAGACUGCCCUUUCUUUCUCUCUAUCACCUCCUGUCUCCUGGCCAUCACAUACGGACUGUGUCCAUGCCAAUGAGCUGUGUGCCGCAGACCAGUCCUGCAGCUCAAGGUAUAGAACAUUACGCCAGUGUCUGGCUGGGAGAGACCGCGAUGCUCUGCUGUCCAGUCAGGAAUGCAAGAAUGCCAUGGAGGUGCUUCAGGAGAGCCCCCUCUAUCUGUGUCGCUGCCGCAGAGGCAUGAAAAGAGAGUUACUGUGUCUCCAAGUCUACUGGGGCAUCCAUGCUGGUCUGACAGAAGGAGAUGAGUUCUAUGAAACAUCACCAUAUGAGCCACUCACUUCCCGUCUGUCUGACAUCUUCCGCCUGGCGUCAAUCAACUCUGGUUCUGAGCCUGUCUCAUCUAAACAUAAUGCCUGUCUGGAUGCUGCCAAAUUCUGUAAUGUGAAUGAUGCAUGUAAGCGACUCCGCUCCACCUAUAUAUCAACCUGCAACACCGUAGGAGAGGGCGAGAACUGUGGCCGACGCAAGUGUCACAGAGCCCUGAGGACUUUUAUUGAGCGCAUUCCCGCAGAUCUCUCCUAUCCCCUUCUCUUCUGCCCUUGCCGGGACCAGCCCUGUGCAGAGCGACGGCGACAGACUACAGUGCCAGACUGCUCUUUCAAGCGCCCAGAGAUACCCAACUGCAUGGAAAUCUGGUCAAACUGCAGGCAGGACCCAGUGUGCAGGUCCAGACUGUCAGAUUUUAUUACCAGCUGUCAGAGCUCUCCUCAGUCCGUGAGUGGGUGCGUUCGUGAUAACUACGCUGCUUGCCUGGGGGCAUAUUCAGGGCUAAUUGGAUUUGACGUGGCCCUAAACUUCUUGGACUCCAGCCCUCACUCUCUUUCAAUUGGGCCCUGGUGUUCGUGCAAUGGAAGCGGAGAUCAGGAGGCAUGGUGUGAGAGAUACCUUAAAGAGUUCACCCAAAACCGCUGCUUGAGGAAUGCAAUUCUUGCAUUUGGGAAUGGCACGGAUGUAGUACAUAGACAGAGCGUGACCAGAGCACCCCACACCACAAUCACCCCCAAAGUGGAGGCGAGUAAUGUUCUUCCAGAUAAUCAGAGUGACAGCAACAUCUUGCCUGAGAUUGACCCUGGCAUCUGCACAUCCUUCCAGGAGGUGAAGAAUGGCAGCGCUCCAGAAUUUAGAAUAUGUGUCUCUGAGUCCCAGCGCAACAUACCCAAUUUGAGGACAGAAGAGGAGAGCCAUUCUGGGACACCUCAACUCCAAGCAUCAGUUCUGUACAUCGCCCUCACCAUCCUUUGCCAUCUGUCUUUGUCCUAAGGCCUCUUGAUGAGUGAAGAUAUUGCCCCUUUCAUACAAAGGACUAUACCCCCGAUCUUUAUCCACCAAAAAGCCAAUGUUUAAUUGGUGGCACUGAAAGGCAAUGAGGCAGCCACUUCUCUAGCAUAGAGAACACAUACAGAGGAGGGACAGAAACAAAUCAGAUUAAAAAAUUUUUGUAAAUUCCCCAAAUUUUCCUUGUUGGGCAAUGUUUCCCAACAGACCAAUGUACAUAUUGACAAUUAAAAUAAUCUGAAUAUAA